CCCCCCUUUCUGUGAUGCAGCCGCCUGCAGGUCUGUCCCGGCCCCUCCCGCCCUGGCUGUCACAACAGCAGCGGCUCUGUAUCUGGAGCAGUUGGGGCGGGCAGGCCCAGCUGGCAGCAAGCAGGCAAGGAGAGCGCCGCGAUGCGGGAGUGCAUAUCUAUCCACGUGGGCCAAGCAGGAGUUCAGAUCGGCAAUGCCUGCUGGGAGCUCUUCUGCCUGGAACAUGGCAUCCAGGCAGAUGGCACCUUUGGUGCCCAGGCCAACAAGAUCAGUGAUGACGACUCAUUCACCACCUUUUUCAGCGAGACUGGCAAUGGGAAGCAUGUGCCCCGGGCUGUUAUGGUAGACCUGGAGCCUACAGUGGUUGAUGAGGUUCGGGCAGGGACAUACCGCCAGCUCUUCCAUCCAGAGCAGCUGAUCACAGGAAAGGAGGAUGCUGCUAACAAUUAUGCUCGGGGUCACUACACAGUGGGCAAGGAGAGCAUUGACCUUGUGCUGGACCGCAUACGGAAGUUGACAGAUGCCUGCUCUGGCUUGCAGGGCUUCCUGAUUUUCCACAGUUUUGGAGGAGGCACUGGCUCUGGCUUCACUUCUCUGCUGAUGGAACGCCUCUCCCUGGAUUAUGGCAAGAAGUCCAAGCUGGAGUUUGCUAUCUACCCAGCCCCUCAGGUGUCCACUGCAGUGGUUGAGCCCUACAACUCUAUCCUGACCACCCACACCACACUGGAACAUUCUGACUGUGCUUUCAUGGUGGAUAACGAAGCCAUCUAUGACAUCUGCCGCAGGAACCUAGACAUCGAGCGCCCUACCUACACCAACCUCAACCGACUCAUCAGUCAGAUUGUGUCUUCCAUCACUGCUUCGCUCCGGUUUGAUGGGGCCCUCAACGUGGACCUCACUGAGUUCCAGACCAACCUGGUACCCUACCCCCGCAUACACUUCCCACUGGUCACCUAUGCGCCCAUCAUCUCCGCUGAGAAAGCCUAUCAUGAACAACUCUCUGUAGCUGAGAUAACCAGCUCGUGCUUUGAGCCCAACAGCCAGAUGGUGAAGUGUGACCCGAGGCAUGGCAAGUACAUGGCCUGCUGCAUGCUGUACCGGGGCGAUGUGGUGCCCAAGGAUGUGAAUGUUGCCAUCGCUGCCAUCAAGACCAAGAGGACCAUCCAGUUUGUAGACUGGUGUCCCACAGGGUUCAAGGUGGGCAUCAACUACCAGCCUCCAACUGUGGUGCCAGGAGGGGACCUGGCCAAAGUCCAACGGGCUGUUUGCAUGCUGAGCAACACCACGGCGAUAGCUGAGGCCUGGGCUCGCCUGGAUCACAAGUUUGACCUCAUGUAUGCCAAGCGGGCCUUUGUGCACUGGUAUGUUGGAGAAGGAAUGGAAGAAGGAGAAUUUUCAGAGGCCAGAGAGGAUCUGGCUGCUCUGGAGAAGGAUUAUGAAGAAGUGGGGACUGAUUCAUUUGAAGAAGAAAAUGAAGGGGAGGAAUUUUAAAUACACAUGUUCCCCUUG